AUGCCUCCAGCAAAAAAAGAGCCUAAGGAGUCCAAGGAGAAGAACACACACAAGCUUGCUCUGAAAGGCUCUUCCAAAACAGUCACAGAAUUUUUCGAGUAUUGUAUCAACACAAUCCUGUUCCAGCGUGGUGUUUAUCCACCUGAAGACUUUACAGCAGUCAAGAAAUAUGGUCUCAACAUGCUGGUCUCCCAAGAUGACCAAGUCAAAGCCUACAUCAAGAAGAUCAUGUCACAGCUGAACAAGUGGAUGCUGAAAUCGAAAAUUUCAAAACUCAUCAUUGUCAUCACCAGCAAAGAGACUGGCGAGCCUGUCGAAAGAUGGCAGUUUGACGUUCAAAUAUUCGGCAAAGACUCCAAGAAGAAGAGCUCAAGCAAGUCCGCCGAUGAGAACGCUGCUAGCACAACUGAGCAAGCACCUGAGAAGUCCGACCAAGAGGUGCAACAGGAGAUACAGUCCAUCUUCCGUCAGAUCACAGCAUCCGUUACCUUCUUACCCAUGCUCGAUGGCAACUGCACCUUCAACGUACUGGUCUAUGCCGACCAAGACUCAGAGGUUCCUCUAGAAUGGGGUGAUAGCGAUGCAAAAGACAUCCAAGAUGCUGAGAAGGUGCAACUACGCAGCUUCUCCACGAACAACCACAAAGUCGAUACUCUCGUGAGCUACAGAUUGGCCGAAUGA